UUUAAACAGAACCUGCAAUCUAUUUCUCUCUCUAAAACGAUCUUCGCUUCUCUCUACAUCAUCUCCCCCAAUGAGGGGAACUGAACCAGGGUGCAUCUACGCCAUUAUACCUCACUCCACCAGAUGACGAUGACACCCCUUUCCGUCGCCGUCGCAGCAGUCGUCACCGUUGUCAUCGCUGCGGUUUCUUCUCCGGCGCUGGUUCAUGGGCUGGGCUCGGGCUCCACUCUCGCCGUCAGCUACGGCUCGGGGGCGGUCUGCGGCGUCGUGGCCGGGGAGCGGUACCAGAGAAUCGAGUGUUACCGGGGCGGCGAAACCAUCUCCAUCGAGCCCAACAUUUCCUCCUUCUCGUCCAUCUCCGGCGGCCGGGACUUCUUCUGCGGCCUGAGGUCCGGGGGUUUCGCCCUGUUCUGCUGGAACACUAGCUUCGUGGCGAAAAGAAUUUACUUCAAUUACACAGUUCUGCUGGAGAAUCUCGCAGUGGGUGACGAUCAGGUGUGCGCGACGGUAAACGGUACCGGAGUUGUGAAGUGCUGGAGAGGUGAAAACUCGAGUUCCCUGUCUGAGUCCAGUCAAUUUUCUUCAAUUUCAUCUGGGUUAGGAUUUUCCUGCGGUAUUUUGGUUAAUAAUGGAACCGUUCAAUGUUGGGGAAGUAACACAAUUGCGAAUCAAAUUCAACAAGAGUUUGGAAAUACUCCGAUGUUGAGUAUUAUGGCGGGCGGUUCACACGUUUGUGGAUUGAACACAACUGGGUAUUUGUUGUGUGAAGGGAGUAACGAUUCAGGGCAGUUGAAUGUUCCUUCUGGUUCAGCUUAUGAGUUUUCGAAUCUGUCGCUUGGAGAGAAUCAUAGUUGUGCCAUUCGGCAAUCUAAUGGAUCAGUUGUGUGUUGGGGUGGUGGAGGAGAGUUCUCAACCAAUGCAACUAAUGGUAUUUCUUUUGAAUCCAUUGUUUCUGGAUUGAAUUUUACUUGUGGAUUGAUAACAACUAAUUAUUCAAUAAUUUGUUGGGGUCCUGGGUGGCCUAGUAGCUCUGUUUCUGGGCUUGGAUUGAGCCCUCUGCCUUUGUCCAUCAUUCUUCCAGGACCCUGCGUUCAGUCUUCUUCUUGUGAGUGUGUCUAUCCUGGGUCUCAAUACCUCUGUUACGGUUCUGAGGUUGUUUGCAAGCCUUGUAGAGUUUUGGUACCAGGGUCGCCGGUGCCAUUAUCACCGGUGUCACCGCCGUCAGUUUCUCCACCACCGUCGUCUCCGUCCAGGGCUUUAUCAAGGGGUUUAUUAGCUUUUGCCAUUGUCGGAUCAGUCGGGGCCUUUUCGGGCAUUUGCACCAUAAUUUACUGCUUGUGGACUGGAGUUUGUUGUGGGCACAAGAAAAUCCACAACUCUGUGCAGCCAACAAUUGCUCGAGGCAAUUCUAAUGGUGGUGCAAACUCAAAUAGUAGCCCCCCUUCAAGAUCUUUGACCAUAAGGCGCCAGAGCUCGCGGGCAAUGAGGCGUCAGAGGAGUGGGACUUCAUCAAAACACACAGACAGGGCAGAGGAGUUUGCUCUCUCAGAGCUUGCAGCAGCCACCGAUAAUUUCUCCCUGGAGAACAAGAUUGGAGCAGGCAGCUUUGGGGUUGUGUACAAGGGAAAAUUACCUGAUGGUCGUGAGGUUGCGAUCAAGAGAGGCGAGACUGGUCUAAAGACCAAGAAGUUUCAAGAGAAGGAGAGUGCAUUUGACUCUGAAUUGGCCUUCUUAUCGCGGCUUCACCACAAACACUUGGUCAGGCUUGUUGGGUUUUGCCAAGAAAUGGAUGAAAGGCUUUUGGUGUAUGAGUACAUGAAAAAUGGUGCGCUCUAUGAUCAUUUGCAUGACAAAAACAAUAUCGAAAAGAGUAGUAAUGUGUUGAAUUCAUGGAAGUUGAGGAUCAGAAUCUCAUUAGAUGCUGCAAGGGGGAUAGAAUACCUUCAUAACUAUGCAGUCCCGCCUAUAAUUCACAGAGACAUCAAGUCCUCCAACAUUCUGCUCGAUGCCAAUUGGACUGCUAGAGUGUCUGAUUUUGGGUUGUCACUGAUGGGGCCAGACUCCAGCCAUAGUUUCAGGCCGAUGAAGGCAGCUGGAACAGUUGGUUACAUUGAUCCUGAGUACUAUGGACUAAAUGUAUUAACAGCAAAGAGCGAUGUCUAUGGGCUUGGAGUUGUUUUGCUGGAGCUUUUGACAGGGAAGAGAGCGAUAUUCAAGGAUGGUGAAAAUGGGGGGACUCCCAUUAGUGUGGUGGACUUUGCAGUGCCGGCAAUUAUUGCCGGAGAACUGAUGAAGGUCUUGGAUCCGAGGGUUGGGCCACCGCAGACGAAUGAAGCGGAGGCGGUUGAGCUGGUGGCUUACACUGCAAUGCAUUGUGUGAACUUGGAGGGGAAGGAAAGGCCAACCAUGGCUGACAUUGUAGCUAAUUUGGAACGUGCAUUGGCUCUCUGUGAAGACAGCCAUGGCAGCAUCUCUAGUGGUACAAUUUCCAUUGUUUCAGAUUGAAAUUCCUGAAGAAAGAAACCAACCAAAAAAAAAAAAAGAAAAAAAGAAAAAAAGAAGAAGCUUUCUUUAUCCCAUUCUUAAUUCUUUUUCUUUUUGAUUGAGGGAUGAUUUUAGAUGGUUAUAGUAUUUUAGAUUGUAAAGUUUAGGGGAUUUGAUCUAACAUGAGCUGUAGUGUAGGGUUUUGUUAACACUCAGCCAGGUUGAGGAUUUACAUGAUUUAUUUUUCAAGAAGAAAUGGGUUAUUAACUUUUAUUCAUCUUUCAAGGUA